ACCAGCCCAGGGGUGAAGAAGCCCCCGGCCUGAGAAAGCAGGAAGGAGGAGUGGGGGAGGCGAACAGUCUCGUUGCUGCCUCUGUGUACGCUGAGGGGGGAGAGAGGGAACAACAUUCAUGUGACGGGCCCCUCUGCCUCUCCCCCGCCCCGUCAUCUCCAGCGCGUGGUGGGGGAACUGCCGGGGAAAGCGAUUGGCAUCGAUCUCUCCAUCCCUUCCGAGGCCCGACUUCGGAAUUGUCUGCCUUAGAAGAAAGAAACAAACCAUCAUUUUACCCACAUAAAUAUAUGACUACAUUUCUGACAUUGGGGCGUUACAGAAGAUGAUAAAGAAAUGAUAGCAGCUCCAGAAAUACCAACUGAUUUUAAUCUACUUCAGGAGUCAGAAACACACUUUUCUUCUGACACAGAUUUUGAAGACAUUGAAGGAAAAAACCAAAAGCAAGGCAAAGGAAAAACUUGUAAAAAAGGCAAAAAAGGUCCAGGAGAGAAGGGCAAAGGUGGAAAUGGAGGAGGAAAACCUCCUUCUGGUCCAAACCGAAUGAAUGGUCAUCAUCAACAGAAUGGAGUGGAAAACAUGAUGUUGUUUGAAGUUGUUAAAAUGGGCAAGAGUGCUAUGCAGUCAGUGGUAGAUGAUUGGAUAGAGUCAUACAAGCAUGACCGAGAUAUAGCACUUCUUGACCUCAUCAACUUUUUUAUUCAGUGUUCAGGCUGUAAAGGUGUUGUCACAGCAGAAAUGUUUAGACAUAUGCAAAACUCUGAAAUAAUUCGAAAAAUGACUGAAGAGUUUGAUGAGGAUAGUGGAGAUUAUCCACUUACCAUGGCUGGUCCUCAGUGGAAGAAGUUCAAAUCCAGUUUCUGUGAAUUCAUUGGCGUAUUAGUACGGCAGUGUCAAUAUAGUAUCAUAUACGAUGAGUACAUGAUGGAUACAGUCAUUUCACUUCUUACAGGAUUGUCUGACUCACAAGUCAGAGCAUUUCGACAUACAAGCACCCUGGCAGCUAUGAAGUUGAUGACAGCUUUGGUGAAUGUGGCACUAAAUCUUAGCAUUAAUAUGGAUAAUACACAAAGACAGUAUGAGGCAGAACGGAAUAAAAUGAUUGGAAAACGAGCCAAUGAGAGGCUAGAACUCCUGCUACAGAAGCGGAAAGAGCUUCAAGAAAAUCAAGAUGAAAUAGAAAAUAUGAUGAAUGCAAUAUUUAAGGGAGUGUUUGUACAUAGAUACCGUGAUGCAAUAGCUGAAAUCCGAGCUAUUUGCAUUGAAGAAAUUGGCAUUUGGAUGAAAAUGUAUAGUGAUGCCUUUCUUAAUGACAGUUAUUUAAAAUAUGUUGGUUGGACUAUGCAUGAUAAGCAAGGUGAGGUAAGACUCAAAUGUCUCACUGCUCUACAAGGGCUUUAUUAUAACAAGGAACUUAAUUCCAAACUGGAGCUAUUUACCAGUCGGUUCAAGGAUAGAAUUGUUUCUAUGACCCUUGACAAAGAAUAUGAUGUUGCAGUACAAGCAAUAAAAUUACUCACUCUUGUUUUACAGAGUAGUGAAGAAGUUCUUACUGCAGAAGAUUGUGAAAAUGUCUAUCAUCUGGUUUAUUCAGCUCAUCGGCCAGUAGCAGUAGCAGCUGGAGAAUUUCUGUACAAAAAGCUCUUCAGUCGUCGAGAUCCAGAGGAGGAUGGAAUGAUGAAAAGAAGGGGACGACAGGGUCCAAAUGCCAACCUUGUUAAAACAUUGGUUUUUUUCUUUCUGGAAAGUGAGUUACAUGAGCAUGCAGCAUACCUUGUGGAUAGCAUGUGGGACUGUGCUACUGAGCUGCUCAAAGACUGGGAAUGUAUGAAUAGCUUGUUGCUGGAGGAGCCACUUAGUGGAGAGGAAGCGCUAACAGACAGACAAGAGAGUGCUCUGAUUGAAAUAAUGCUUUGUACCAUUAGACAAGCUGCUGAAUGUCAUCCUCCUGUGGGGAGAGGGACAGGAAAAAGGGUGCUUACAGCAAAGGAGAAGAAGACCCAGUUGGAUGACAGGACAAAAAUCACUGAACUUUUUGCUGUGGCCCUUCCUCAGUUAUUAGCUAAGUACUCUAUAGAUGCUGAAAAGGUGACUAACUUGUUGCAGUUGCCGCAGUACUUUGAUUUGGAAAUAUAUACCACUGGACGAUUAGAAAAGCAUUUGGAUGCCUUAUUACGACAGAUCCGGAAUAUUGUAGAGAAGCACACAGAUACAGAUGUUUUGGAAGCAUGUUCUAAAACUUACCAUGCACUCUGUAAUGAAGAGUUCACAAUUUUCAACAGAGUAGAUAUUUCAAGAAGUCAACUGAUAGAUGAGUUGGCAGAUAAAUUUAACCGGCUUCUUGAAGAUUUUCUGCAAGAGGGCGAAGAACCUGAUGAAGAUGAUGCAUAUCAGGUAUUGUCAACAUUGAAGCGAAUCACUGCUUUCCAUAAUGCCCAUGAUCUUUCAAAGUGGGAUUUGUUUGCUUGUAAUUACAAACUAUUGAAAACCGGAAUUGAAAAUGGAGACAUGCCUGAACAGAUUGUUAUUCACGCACUGCAGUGUACUCACUAUGUAAUCCUUUGGCAGCUUGCAAAGAUAACUGAAAGCAGCUCUACGAAGGAGGACUUGCUGCGUUUAAAGAAACAGAUGAGGGUAUUCUGUCAAAUAUGUCAGCAUUACCUGACCAAUGUGAAUACUACUGUUAAAGAACAGGCCUUCACUAUUCUGUGUGAUAUUUUGAUGAUCUUCAGCCAUCAGAUUAUGUCAGGAGGGCGUGACAUGUUAGAGCCAUUAGUUUACACCCCUGAUUCUUCAUUGCAGUCUGAGUUGCUCAGCUUUAUUCUGGAUCAUGUCUUCAUUGAACAGGAUGAUGACAAUAACAGUGCAGAUGGUCAGCAGGAGGAUGAAGCCAGUAAAAUUGAAGCUCUGCAUAAAAGGAGGAAUUUACUUGCAGCAUUUUGUAAGCUAAUUGUAUAUACUGUGGUGGAGAUGAAUACAGCUGCAGAUAUCUUCAAGCAGUAUAUGAAGUAUUAUAAUGACUAUGGUGAUAUCAUCAAAGAAACAAUGAGUAAAACAAGACAAAUAGACAAAAUUCAGUGUGCAAAGACCCUUAUUCUCAGUUUGCAACAGCUUUUUAAUGAAAUGAUACAGGAAAAUGGCUAUAAUUUUGAUAGGUCAUCCUCAACUUUUAGCGGCAUUAAAGAACUUGCUCGACGUUUUGCUUUAACUUUUGGACUCGAUCAGUUGAAAACUAGAGAGGCCAUUGCUAUGCUACACAAAGAUGGCAUAGAAUUUGCUUUUAAAGAACCUAAUCCACAAGGAGAGAGCCAUCCACCUUUAAAUUUGGCAUUUCUUGAUAUUCUUAGUGAAUUUUCUUCUAAACUACUCCGACAAGACAAAAGAACAGUGUAUGUUUACUUGGAAAAGUUCAUGACCUUUCAGAUGUCACUCCGAAGAGAAGACGUGUGGCUUCCCCUAAUGUCAUACCGAAAUUCUUUGCUAGCUGGUGGUGAUGAUGACACCAUGUCAGUCAUUAGUGGAAUUAGUAGUCGGGGGUCAACUGUGCGGAGUAAAAAAUCCAAACCAUCUACAGGGAAACGGAAAGUGGUUGAAGGCAUGCAGCUCGCACUCACUGAAGAAAGCAGUAGUAGCGACAGUAUGUGGCUAAGCAGAGAGCAAACCCUGCACACCCCAGUUAUGAUGCAGACACCACAACUCACCUCAACGAUUAUGAGAGAGCCAAAAAGAUUACGACCUGAGGAUAGUUUCAUGAGUGUCUAUCCAAUGCAGACUGAACAUCAUCAAACUCCUCUUGAUUAUAACACGCAGGUAACAUGGAUGUUAGCUCAAAGACAACAAGAGGAAGCAAGGCAACAGCAGGAGAGAGCAGCAAUGAGCUAUGUUAAACUGCGAACUAAUCUUCAGCAUGCCAUUCGGCGUGGUACAAGCCUAAUGGAAGAUGAUGAAGAGCCAAUUGUUGAAGAUGUUAUGAUGUCCUCAGAAGGGAGGAUUGAAGAUCUUAAUGAGGGGAUGGAUUUUGACACCAUGGAUAUAGACUUGCCACCAUCAAAGAACAGACGAGAGAGAACAGAACUGAAGCCUGAUUUCUUUGAUCCAGCUUCAAUUAUGGAUGAAUCAGUUCUUGGGGUGUCAAUGUUUUAAUACCAGUACGCAAUUAAGUCUGUGGUGAAGUCAUUUUCUAAGUGGAAGAGGAAAUUUUAAAAUAAAGUGUGGUAGAUACAGUGAAAUUCUGUACAGAUUUUUCUCUAAGGAGAAUAUGACGUGCUUAUACUUACCAAGAUCAAGUGCAUUUGAGGGGCAGUUUUGUUUGCCUGAAAAAAGUAAAGGACAAGUAAACAAUUUGAUGAUAAGCUACAGUUUUUCUUAGAAAGUAAAUAUUUUAUUUAUGCGCUGUUAGUUGGCUUUUGAAUCAAUUAUUUCAUGCUUUUUUUAAAGAAACUAUAACAAUCUGAAGAGGCAUUUGGUACAGACGUGAAUCCUCUUACAUUUAUUUACUGGGUGUACUAAGUAAUGAUGACCUCUGCUGGAUUUCUGUUUACAUCCAAGAAACAAAGUUAAGGAUGAGUAUUCCCCCGCCCUGAAAUUAUAGGAUAGAAUUGUUUUUAGCAUUCUAAAUUUAAAUGCUUGAAACAUCAAUCAAUGAGGCUUUCUUUUAAAUAUUGUAAUUGUGGAGAAAAGUAAACUUAUAAGCAGAACUUUUACAAUUUUUUCAUCUAAAAUGUAUUUUAAGAUAUUUUUAAAAUCCAAGAGCUUCUCUAUACUUUUCAGAAAUACCCAGAUGCAGUGAACUGCCAGAAGGUAACCAGUCUCAAACAUGCUUAUCCCAUUAUCAACCCUGAAAGUUUGCUUGUCCUUUAAGAUAAAAAUGUAAUGUUGUGAUAUUCCUUCCAGUAGUGCCACUGUAUUUUGUCUCCAAAUAAAAGAAGCUUAUUGUAGUAUGUUUGCAGAAAAACUCUAAACAAAAAUUAUACAGCUUAUUAGAGUGUGGGA